AUGCGAGAGAGAUUACUCGAAUUCCAUUUAGCUCAACAGCCUCCCAUACCUGAGUUUAGGACCGCAGGUGCAACACGUUGGUACCCGCCCCAGAUAUCACGACACAAAGUCAAUUAUGAUAGAGCUUUGUUCAAAGAAAUCUGGCAGGCGGGAGUUGGUGUAGUGGCCAGAGACGCAGAUGGAAGGGUGCGUGGUGCGCUCUCAGACAAAACGGUACUACCCGGAACAGUGGAGGAGGUUGAGGCCAUUGCAUACGUGGUGUUUGAAGGGGACUCUGAAUCUAUCACAACUGCUAUCAACUCGGGCACUCCUUGCUACAGCUCUUUUGGUCAUAUUCUUGAGGAUGUGAAAGCUUUGGCUUUGAACUUUGUAUCAGCUACCUUUAUACACGUAAAGAGACAAGGGAAUGCCGUAGCAGAUAGAUUGGCUAAGGCUGCUAAAAAUAUACCUUGUCCUCAUGUUUGGUCAAAUGACAUCCCAAGUGAUGUGCAACAGCUUGUUAUUCAUGACAGUAUUCAUUGA